CAAAUAAGGGUAACUCCUGGCCUCACGUGUCAAGACGGAGCUAAAAAGAACCCAGCGAACAGCUGAGCGCUCGAGUGUGUGUGUGUGUGUGUGUGUGUGUUCAUUCACAGGCGCGCGCGCGGCUCGAGCGUCUUUGUCUGUGCACGCGCGCUGUGUGAUAACACCAGCAUGACACGAUUCUCUUACUCCGAAUAUAUCGCAUUAUUUCGAUCAAAUGACAUUAAAAGAAACUCGCCGCCGCAGAAAAUAUCAUCAUCUGAACGCGCUGCACACCGCGACGAGGAGCCGACAGAAGUGCGUUCUGCGGUCAGAAGAGCUGAAGCGUGUGACUCUGACUGUGACUGGACGGCUCUGCAUGAAGCGGCUGACGGCGGACACACACACAGCGUUCAGGCUCUGCUGACAGAUGGUGGCGUGUGUGUGGACAAGCGCACGCUACAGGAGCAGACGCCGCUGCUGCUCGCCGUCCAGGGCACACACCUGGAGUGUGUGAGGACUCUUCUGGAGGCAGGAGCCGACCCCGACAUCAGCAACAAGAACAAAGAGACGCCUCUUUAUAAAGCGUGCGAGCAGGAGAGUGUGAGCACGGUGAAGCUGCUGCUGGCGUUCGGUGCGGCCGUGAAUCAGCGCUGUUAUCACGGCUGGACCGCGCUGCAUGAAGCAGCGAGACGAGACAACACUGAGCUCUGUGAGACGCUCCUGAGGGCCAGAGCCGCUGUAGACGCCCGCAACGCUGACCACGUCACACCUGCGAUAGAAGCGGCUCGACUCGGACGCACAGAAGCGCUCGCUCACCUGAUCAAGAACGGUGCUGAUGUGAACGCUCAGACGUGUGACGGGAACACGGCUUUAACUGAGGCCUGCAGACACGGUCACACACACACGGUCAAGCUUCUGCUCAGACAUCACGCAGACGCCAACCACUCCAGCAGCACCAGACUCCUGCCGCUGCACAUCGCCAGCCAGCACGGACACCAGGAGAUUGUGUCCUUAUUGCUCCCGAUCACCAGCCGGGUGAGGAUUCGUCAAAGCGGCAUCUCUCCACUCCAUCUGUCAGCGGAGCACGACCAGUGGAUCCUCAUGAGUCUCCUGAUUGAGUCAGGGUUUGAUGUUAACAGCAGACUCUCUCAGGAGUGCUCGGCCAGGUUCCAGGACCGGCGUGUUUCGGCUCUGUACUGCGCCGUCGCUGCCAGGAACACGCGGGCUGCUGCUGUCCUGCUGAGGGCCGGUGCGGAUCCCAACAUGGACCCCUGCAGCCCGCUGCUGCUAGCGGUGCGUCACGGCUGUCUGGAGACUGUAGCGCUGCUGCUGGAGCACGGGGCCCAUGUGAACGCUCCCCUGACCGCAGGGCUCCCAGCAGUGCUGCUUGACAUUCAUCAGCUGGACGUCCUGCAGUGUCUGCUGGACAAGGGCUGUGACGCUCGGGCCUGCUUCAGCUGCACACAUCACAGCGGAGAGCACACACACUUCAGGAGCCAGCCGGAGAACACCACACACACACACACACACACACACACCGCUGAACCUGAGCUCAAGUUCUGUGACUGGAUCUGGUCCUCCUCCUGGAGACACUCGGCCGGGCGGAUCAUUGAUUUGCUGCUGGACUAUGUAGGAAACGUUCAGCUCUGCAGCAGGAUCAGAGACCUCCUUCUGGACCAACCGGAGUGGACCAGCAUUAAGGAGAAAACAUCGUCUCCUCGGGACCUGAAGCAUCUGUGUGGGCUGAGGAUCCGAGAGCAGCUGGGGCCCCUGAGACUGAGAUCAGUGGAGGCCCUGCCGCUGCCGGGGCCCAUGCUGCGGUACCUGAGCUGCAGAGGCAGAAGCGGCACUCAGCAUCAGCAGCAGCUCUGAAGGCAGAGGUCUGAGGCAUAUUCAGACGGUGCUCGCCAGAUUUUCGUGGAUUGUGAUUUAUGUAUUUAUACCUUUAAUUUAUCAUGACAUUUUCUAAGUAUUAUGUUUGUGCUUGAUGCACAGUUUUAUGUAGUUUGUGUGAAAAUGCUGAGUAUGAUGGUGUGAUCAGAAUAAAAGUGCUGCUUGAGUGUAGGAUCUCGCGUCAUUGCUUUAAUUAACAGACAGUGUACAACAGUCAGUCGUUACCAGUUUUAAUCAGCUAAUUCAGCCUGGAUUACCAUCAGGUGUUUAGUGUGACAACAUCUCUAACUAAAACCUUAAUAAAUAAUCUCUACCUCACAGGCAAUGAAGGAUGCAGUUUCAGGAAGGGUUGAGCUGUA